UUUCUAGCGGUUUGCACCUUGCCCACUUAGCCUGAUAGUGAUCCAUGUACUUAGCCAUGUUCGAAUGGAUUUACUCCGCGAGUUUUAGAACAAGUGAACAAAUAUCGUCAGUUUCGAAGGAGUCAGGAAAGUAAAUGCGGUAACACAGCAACCUGUAAAUGCGAUGGCAACCAGCUCCCCAGUGUUGGGUAAUCAUUCAGUGGCUAGCAGUUCUGAUGUAAACAGAAGUCUAAAAGAGGCAUUGUAUGAGACGUUAAAUGGGAUUUUGUCCCCACAUCAUGAUGUAAGGAUUGCCGCAGAAGAGAGAAUUCAGGCAUUGGAAGUUACAGAAGACUUUGGCAUUCACCUGGCUGAGUUUACUGUUGAUCCUGAUGGCCCAUUAGCUGUACGGCAGUUAGCAUCAGUUCUUUUAAAGCAGUAUGUUGAAACACACUGGUGCAAUUAUUCAGAAAAAUUUCAAUCUCCAGAAGCAACAGAGCAUGCAAAAGCCACCAUUAAAGAACUUCUUCCUCAUGGAUUGAAGGAAUCUAUUAGUAAGGUACGAUCAUCUGUAGCUUAUGCAAUUUCUGCUAUAGCACAUUGGGAUUGGCCAGAGAAUUGGCCAGGUCUGUUUGAUAUCUUGGUCAAUUACCUAUCCAGUGGCAAUGAAUGGGCAGUGCAUGGAGCGAUGCGAGUUCUCAGAGAGUUUUCUCGUGAUUUGACGGACGUGCAGCUUCCUCACAUUGCUCCAGUCAUCUUAUCAGAAAUGUAUCGUAUAUUUUCAGAUGAACAGAAGUAUAAUGUUCGAAUCAGAGGGCGAGCAGUGGAAAUCUUCUCCACGUGUGUAUUCAUGAUUUCUGCAAUGUCUGAUUACAAUAAUGGAGUAACAAGGACUUUACUGAAUCCAGUGUUGCCUUCAUUUUCUGAGAGGUUUAUUUGUGGGUUACAAGUUCCAAAUGGGAUUCACAGUGAUUCUUGUUUAAAAGCAGACAUCAUAGAAGCGCUAACACUUCUAGUUAAACGAGUGCCAAAGCAGAUGGCGCCAUGGCUCCCACAGAUACUGCCUCCUGUGUGGCAAACUCUCACACAGAGUGCUGAAAUUUAUUUGAAGACUAUUGUAAAUGGAACUGAGGAAGUGGAUGAAGUUAUAGACUCUGAUGGUGAAGUUCUUGGAUUUGAAAAUCUAGUGUUCAGUAUAUUUGAGUUUGUCCAUGCACUGGUUGAUUCCCACAAGUUUUCCAAGACAGUGGAAUCAGCACUGAUAGACUUGCUGUAUUACCUAAUUCUUUUCAUGCAGAUAACAGAGGAACAAGUUCGCGCAUGGACUGCAAACCCAAAUCAGUUUGUUGAAGAUGAAGAUGAGGGAACAUUUGCAUAUUCAGUAAGGAUAUCAGCUCAGGAUUUGUUACAGACACUGUGUGAGGAAUUCGAUGAUGACAGCUGUUCUGCCCUGUGUCAAGCUGCAACAAGACAUAUGCAUGAAGCAGAGACAGAACGAAAUUCAAAUAACAGCAACUGGUGGAAAAUUCAUGAAGCAUGCAUGUUUGCACUUGGUUCAGUGAAGAACUUAGUUGAGAAAAAGUUAGAAGCUGGUGAAGGAAUCUUUGAUUUGACUGGGUUUCUUCAAAAUGUCGUUGUUGCAGAUAUGAGUUCUUCAGAUCCACCUUUCUUACUUGGUCGCUGUUUGUGGGUUGGAAGUCGAUAUGCACACUUUAUGUCCCCACCAAUGAUAGAACAGUUCCUUGAAGCAACUGUGUCAGGUCUUCAGCCAAGUCAGCUGCCAAGUAUAAGAAUAUCAGCUGUUCGAGCUGUUUGGGGCUUCUGUGAACAUUUGAAGAAUUCAAAUAACACACAGAUGCUUGUGUCACUGCUUCCAUCCAUCAUGGACAAUCUUCUAGGAAUGGCUACUCAAUAUUCAUCUGAAGUCCUCAGCCUUGUCAUGGAAACGCUUGCACUUGUUUUAUCAAUUGAUAAAAACUUCACAGCAUCUUGUGAGUCCAGAGUGACUUCCCUCGCAAUAGCAGUCUUUCUCAAAUAUAAUUCUGAUCCAGUUAUCAUCGAUCUGACUCAAGAUGUGUUCAAGGAGCUGUCUCAGAAUCCUGAAUGUUUGUCUCCACUACAACAGCGCUUAGUGCCAACACUUGUUAGCAUUUUGAAUGCCCCUGUGGAUAAAAUUCCAUCAGGUUUGCAUUCUGUGGCAUUAGAUGUCCUCCAGACCCUUGUUCGUUAUUCAGAGCCGCCACUGAGCGACACACUCAUGAAUACAGCUUUCCCAGCUGCCCUUCACUGCAUCCUGAGGACAGAUGACAAUUCAACGAUGCAGAGCGGGGGAGAAUGUUUGCGUACUUACAUCUCCAGUUCUCCUGAGCAAGUAUGCAAUCAUCAAGACAAUGAGGGACACACAGGCUUGUGGUAUAGUCUUCAAGUAGCAGCCCUUCUUCUGAAUCCUUCAUCUUCAGAAUGCACUGCAGCGUAUGUGGGUCGUCUGAUUGUUACACUUAUAACCAAAGCAGGAAAUAUCUUGGGUGAAAAUUUGGACCUACUUCUGAAGGCUGUACUCAGCAAAAUGCAACGAGCAGAGACUUUAAGUGUAAUACAGAGUCUUGUUAUGGUAUACGCACAUCUGAUUCAUACACAGCUUGAUGCUGUUCUCAACUUCUUGUCUACUGUUCCUGGCCCAACUGGUCAGUCAGCACUUCAGUUUGUUCUCACCAAGUGGUGUUCUCGCCAGCACCUCUUCUAUGGAGCAUAUGAGGCAAAAGUCAGUACUGUAGCUCUGUGCAAGUUGUUGGAACAUGGAAUUGCAUCUAAUGACAAUCGACUGAAUGACAUCACUGUGAAAGGAGAUGAAGUGUUUGUAACUGAUGGCAUUCGAACGCGUUCUCAGACUCAGAAUCAAUCACCACAGUGGACAAAUAUCCCUCUUUUGGUGAAAAUCUACAAAUUACUGGUGAAUGAACUGAGCAAUCAGAUAGAAGCAAACAUGGCACUUGAGGAGGAAGAGGAGGAAGAGACUGAUGAUGAGUGGGAGGAAGAUGAGCUUGGUAGAGGAGAACAGGGGAUUCCUAUUUCACAGCUACUUUCAGAGAAACGUUACAAAGGAGUGGAGGAAACAGCAGAUGAUGAAGACCCAGAUGCAAUGCAGGACCCAGUAUAUCACCUCAAUAUCCAGCAAUAUUUGACUGAAUUCCUUCAGUCUUUCAGUCAGCAGCCAUAUUUCCAUAUGUUUCUUCAGCAUCUAAAUAAACAAGAAAAACAAGUGUUAGAAUCCAUUGGUGUAAGAAUGUAAAUGAGACUGAAUAUAUUCCACUACAUAAUAUUAAAUCUGAUCUAUAAGAAAGUAAGAACUGAUAAGCAGAAUUCUAUGGCCAAAAGAAGCUACUGAAUUGUAUGUUAUGUUUCGAACAUGAUGCCCAGACGUUUGAUAUUGAUUCAGGAUUUAUAAUAACAAUUUGUUGAUUGUGCAGUGCAUAUGAUGUUUAAUAUGACUCCAAGGCAAGGGUUAUUUAUGUAGUAAUAAGUAUGGGCUUGCCGUAUUUUUAAUGGAUCAUUUUAAAUGUCACAGAAUAACUGUUCAGUGUACUAUAGUGUGUGCACAUGUGCAUGAGUUGGGGAGCUAAUUCUAAAAGUGGCUGUUAGAUGAUGUGUUUGAUAAUUCUUAGAUUUGUACCUCAAUAAAAUUCUAAAGUCUGAAAUAUGA